AUGAGAACGUCCCUCUUUUACGCCCUCAACGGGGCCCUCGGGGUUGUAGCCCACGAGUCGCUUGCCCAUUUCAAGAUUGAAUCCGGUAAAGAAGAGCAACGCUCUCUUGAAGGAUGCUCAAAGGAUGGCAAGCACAAGUGGGUUCCCGACCCUGCGACAUUUGUCUUCCCUGAGAACGACUACAAGCCCGGCAACUCCUGGGAUCUCUGUGUCGGCACAUCUCAUUGCGCCCCCCACGAGGCCUUGACUCAGGUUUCCUUCGAUUUCAAGGACAACGGCAUCGUUUUCAACUUCAAGCAUAUCGACCACUACAAGUACGAAGAUGUAGCCGUCUAUAUCGAGCGUGGUCAGCCUCCGACAGAGGACUCUUUCAAGUACAACAAGAAGAGUGACCACUGCAAGGCCAAGAACGACUACAAGGAGGCCAAGUGCUUGGUUCCCUUCUUCUCACUCUCGGAUGGCGGCUCCUACAGCGACCUCUGUCCUCUCGAGGACAAUGGAGGCUGGAGACUUUACAUCAAGGUCAAGGCCACCAUUUCACACGGGAACAAGAAGUACGAGCUCUACAGCCGCUCUCCCGAUAUCAACGAGAAGUACUUCGUUAUCAGUUACACCUGCGCUGAGUGCAAGGAGUACAAGCACAAGAAGAUCGAGUUGAUCGAGGAGAAGGAAGAGGCUGAGGCCGAAGCCGAAGAUUCUGAAGAAGAAAAGGAGUAUAAGAAGAAGAAAGAGGCUGCGGAAGAGGCCGAGGAAGAGAAGAAGAAAUACAAGAAGAAGAAGGAAGAGGAGAAGGAAGAAAAGAAGAAGUAUAAGAAGAAGAAGGCUGAGGAGGAAGCCGAGGCUGAGGAAGAGGAAAAGAAGAAGAAAUACAAGAAGGAGGAAGAGGAGGAGGCUGAAGCCGCAGAGGAAGAAGAGAAGUACUACCCCCGCUUUGUCCUUUCAUUUCACCAGUACUAA